AGCAGAGACAAGGAUAGGGAAAGGAGCAAAGUUGUAGAGAUGGAUAGUGAAAGGAGAAGAGAGAAAGAGCGAGGAAGGAGCAGGGACAGGGAUAUAGACAGUGAUAGGAGAAGGGAGAAGAUGCAUGAGAAGCGCCACGAUAGGGGGGUGAGUAGGGAUGGGAAGUGGGAGAAGGAAAGGGAUAGGGUCAGAUUUAGUGACAGAGAUGGAGAUAGGAAAAGGGAGAAUGAUGGCCAGUGGAAUCAGGAGAGGCAAAAUUACCGAAGUAGGGAUAAAGGCAGGAAUAUUGAGAUAGAAAAUGAUAGCUCUGGGGAUCUAGACAGGUAUAAAAAUUCUAGGCACUCAAGACAGGAUGGAACAGAAAGUUGUCGAGACAGAUCCAGGAAGAUUGAUCAAGCAAAGUCCCUUGGUUCUCAUGGUGAUGCUUCAGAAGAUGGAGACAAAAAAAGAGAUGAAGAUGAACAACAUUAUUUUGAAGAAAGAAUCUCCUUGAAACUUGCCGAACAGGAAGAUGAGGAACUGAAUAGAAUCAGGGAGGAAAGUAGAAAGCGAAGACAAGCCAUCUUAGAAAAAUAUAAGAAUCAGCAACCAAAGCUGCAAAAUGAGUCUGGUCCGGAUGAUGGGAAGAAAGAUAAUGAGUCCACAGAAGGUCAUGGACAAUCAUUGUCUCUUGCUGAUGCUGAUCCAAGUGUUGAUGAUGGACCUGAUGGAGCAGUAGAUGUUUAUGUCACUGACCCUUUAAUGUCUGUGGGGAAGUCACCAACACAAAACGGAAAAGCUGCUGCUGAAAAAUCUUCUGGUGCUGGUGGGCUUGGUGAGGGUACACCAAAGAGCGAAGGAUCAGAUGACAAGUUAUGUGAUGAUAUAUUUGGAGAAACACCAGCAAGAGUUCACAAAGCGGGUAAAGGAGAAGGUUUGCCAGUCAUUAGGAGUGGUCUUCGUGACAAUUGGGAUGAUCCAGAGGGAUACUAUAGCUACCGAAUUGGUGAGCUGCUUGAUGGACGGUAUGAAGUAUCUGCUUCUCAUGGAAAAGGUGUUUUCUCUACUGUAGUACGUGCCAAGGAUCUUAAGGCUGGUAGUGGAGAUCCUGAUGAAGUGGCUAUAAAGAUCAUACGCAAUAAUGAGACAAUGCACAAGGCUGGUCAGUUAGAGGUUCAAAUAUUGAAGAAAUUAGCUGGAGCAGAUCCAGAGAACAGGAGACAUUGUGUUCGUUUCUUCUCAAGUUUCAAGUUCAGGAAUCAUCUUUGUUUAGUCUUUGAAUCUCUUAAUAUGAAUCUGCGUGAGGUUCUAAAGAAGUUUGGUCGCAAUAUUGGUCUUAAACUAACUGCUGUCAGGACUUACGCAAAGCAACUUUUUCUUGCACUUAAACAUCUUAAAAACUGUGGUGUUCUUCAUUGUGAUAUAAAACCUGAUAACAUGCUGGUAAAUGAGGCGAAAAAUGUGUUGAAGCUUUGUGAUUUUGGUAAUGCUAUGUUUGCUGGUAAAAAUGAAAUCACACCGUAUCUUGUGAGCCGAUUUUACCGUGCCCCAGAAAUAAUUCUCGGCUUACCUUAUGAUCAUCCAAUGGAUAUGUGGUCUGUUGGCUGCUGUGUGUAUGAGCUCUAUACAGGGAAAGUUCUUUUCCCAGGUCCUACAAACAAUGACAUGUUACGCCUUCACAUGGAAUUGAAGGGCCCUUUUCCAAAGAAGAUGCUUCGUAAGGGAGCAUUUAUUGAUCAACACUUUGAUCAAGAUCUGAAUUUUCAUGCUACAGAAGAGGAUCCUGUCACCAAAAAGACCAUUCAAAGGAUGAUCCUCAACAUAAAGCCAAAGGAUAUUGGGUCCAUUAUUCUGGGUUAUCCUGGUGAGGAUCCAAAGAUGCUAGCCUGCUUUAAAGAUCUUCUAGAAAAAAUUUUUGUGUUGGAUCCAGAGAAGCGGUUGACAGUACAUCAGGCAUUGAAUCAUACAUUCAUCACGGGCAAGUGAAAUAUCUUGCAGAUUUUAUGACUCCCGAAAUGCUGUUGCCCUAGAUAUUAAUGUACAUUAUGAGCUAACUGAUAUUCAGAUUUCUAAUCCUUGGGAAUUCUGUCUUGUUGUGCUGGCCUUAAGGCUCUGGACGCUGUUUUUGGCAUGGUCGAAGUCAAGAGCUGAUAGUUGAUCAGGAGUACUCUUUACUGGGGAAUCUUUCAGUGGAAUGUACUGUUUAUUGUAAGACAACUCGCCAAAGGCGUUCUUUUAUAUUGUAAUAGUUAUUUGUUAUGGCCAUAGUGGAAACCAAAUCAUGCCUUUUUUCAUGGCGUACUUUAGGAAAAUAAUAGGAAAGAUAUAAACUCAACUUCCUGUGAGUUUACAGUAUAAUUGUUCUUGUUUUAUGUCCUUUAUUGAAGAAGGCAAGCUGGAUCUCUCCUUUUUUUUUUUUUUGACUUGCAUGGUUUGUUGGUUUCUGCUGUUUCUAUGCAGUUCCAGUGUUUUAUACUGAUUAUCUACUGUUCUAAUGCUUGCUGGUUACAUUCAUUUUCUUACAAGUGUCAAUCUAUGUCAGUUUUACUAUUUUCUUAGAAUUGUUUGGGUCCUGGAAGUCUAAUUCACUUUUUCCUUCAGGAUAUCAGCUACUGCUUUGAGGCAACCCUGCUGUGCUUAUUGCUUAAAAGGCACCCAGGAGAAGGUAUCUUGGAUUGUUUAAUGGGAGCUAUUGUGACGCUCUUGAAAUUGAAUAUCUUAUUUUUGUUGCAAUGUUGACUAGAUUGAUGCUAGUGAUACUUGAAUGUCAAUCACUAUUAUUCAUGUCUUUUCUGUCCAUUAGUUCAAUCAAACUUAUAGUUUCUGCCUAUUUGUCUUCUUGUUGGAUUUCUGCUCUGUAUGUGUCCCCCUUUUUUUUCCCCUGAGAUGCUCUGAUGU